CCGCGGGCCGAGGGAUGGAGCUGGGGCGCGCGUGGAGGAGGCGGCUGCUUCCCGCGGGCCACUGAGCGGCCAUGAAGACCCUCAUCGCCGCCUAUUCUGGGGUCCUGCGAGGCACUGGCUCUAGCAUCCUGUCUGCACUACAGGACCUAUUCUCCAUCCCCUGGCUAAAUAAAUCUAAGGUUGAGAAACAGCUUCAGGUCAUCUCUGUGCUACAAUGGGUCCUUUCCUUCCUUGUCUUGGGAAUUACAUGCAGUCUCAUCUUCAUGUAUUUAUUCUGCACAGACUGUUGGCUGAUUUCAGUACUGUAUUUCACAUGGCUGGUCUUUGACUGGAACACCCCACAGAAAGGUGGCAGGAGAUCAAAAUGGGUGAGAAAUUGGGCUGUGUGGCAGUAUUUCCGAGAUUAUUUUCCCAUCCGGCUGGUGAAGACCCACAACUUGCUGACAACCCGGAAUUACAUCUUUGGGUAUCACCCUCAUGGUAUCAUGAGCCUGGGGGCCUUCUGCAACUUCAGCACUGAGGCCACAGAGGUUGGAAAGAAAUUUCCUGGGAUCCGGCCUUAUCUGGCAACUUUAGCUGGGAACUUCAGGGUCCCUGUGUUAAGAGAAUAUUUAAUGUCUGGAGGUAUCUGCCCUGUCAGCCGUGACACCAUUGACUAUCUGCUUUCCAAGAAUGGGAGUGGCAAUGCUAUCAUCAUUGUGGUAGGGGGUGCUGCUGAGUCCCUGAAUUCCACACCAGGAAAGAAUGCUGUGACUCUGAAGAACCGGAAGGGCUUUGUGAAGCUAGCCCUGAGACAUGGGGCUGACUUGGUUCCCAUCUAUUCCUUUGGGGAGAAUGAGGUUUACAAGCAAAUAAUCUUUGAAGAAGGUUCAUGGGGCCGAUGGGUCCAGAAGAAGUUCCAGAAAUACAUUGGCUUUGCUCCCUGCCUUUUCCACGGUCGGGGCUUCUUCUCAUCCAACACUUGGGGUCUAGUGCCGUACUCUAAACCUAUCACCACAGUUGUGGGUGAGCCCAUCACCAUCCCCAAACUUGAGUACCCAAGCCAGAAGGACAUCGACCUAUACCAUGGCAUGUACAUGGAGUCCCUGGUGAAACUCUUUGACAAGCACAAAACUAAGUUUGGUCUUCCUGAGACAGAAGUUCUGGAAGUGAACUGAGUGGACUGGGCUGUUGGCAGGCAGCCAGCAGCCUCCCCUUUGGGAGAAGAGUCAGCCUCAAAUCAUUUUUCUACCAAGUUCUCAAGUGCUUUUUGUUCUGUAAAUUUGGAAGCCUCAUGGGUGUCUGUGGGUUAUUUAAAAAAAUUAUAAUAACAAAAUAAUAAUUUUGUUAAAAGAUUACUAUGUUAGGUCUUUUUUAAGGGAAAAAAAGUGAAUGUAUCUAAACUCUCUUGCUUCUAGUCCAUCCUACUCUGAAGAGCUGAUUUUUUCCUGGCUUCUCCCCAUGUUCCUCAACCUGAUCCAUCUAUCCUUCCAUCAUCAAAAACCCAAAAAAGCUACCUUUCUAUUUAAUUAUGAGGAGGAGACCAGGACUAUAUUUGAAAGCAUCCUGCAUAUGAAGUUAGAGGAAGCUGAAUUCAAAUCCAAACUCUGCAAUAUACUUCCUGUCUGAUCUUGGGCAAGUCCCAAGUUGCCUGAAGUCAGCUUCCUGUUAAAUUAAGGGGUUAGACCAGAGAAGAUCUAGCAUUCUUCCUAGCCUGAGGAUCUUAUAAUCCUAUAAAGCUUCACCUGAGACCCUAGAGAAACAAUUUUUCAAUCCCACCACUUUCUUUUUGCCCUGUCCCUAGCCCUAGAGGAUUCCAUUAAUGUGGACUUGUCCCCAGACAUGACAGUCCCUACUACAAAGUGAUGACCCUCUAAUGCAAUUCAGCUGCCACUGACCCUGACCUAUAUUGAACACGUGGGGUGGACCUUCGUGUGAGUUCAUUAGACAGAGAAUUACCUUCCCAAGCUAGAUAUGGUAACAUGUAGACGAGGAAGGUAUUGAUGUUUUAUCUCCCCUUGUCGGUUUGGAGGAGUGGGACUGGAAGGGGCCUGAAAACUACCAUCUACUUUUUGAGAUUUUUUUACACAGUUCCCACCUUUCCCUCCAUCCCCAACUCUCACACAUAGACUGAUGGAACAUAUCCCAUUGAUGCUUUCCCAACCCAUAUUACCCUUUGUUAAAUAUUUCUCUUACAACUCUGAACGUCACAGGAAACCGGGCCUGGCAUGAAUUGUUCCUAACUUACUGCCUGGGUGACCCUGGCUUUGUCAUUCCACAGAUUUAGGCCUCAGUUUCCACUUAAUUAAGCAGAGAAUAGGGACAAAUAGAGUUUCGGGGCUUGUGAGCUCCAGCUUGGCUAGGCAAAUGCAGGUCAGCUCCUGUGUUAGGAGAAUAACCUGUGUGGCCUGAGUGAAAAGGUCUUGAAAGGAAGUUGAAGAUGUGGAUCAGGCUCCAUGUAGAACCAACCCCUGGGCCCAAACCAUGCCUUAGUUUACACAGGGUUAGUCCCCUCUCCCAUUUCUGUGUCUGAAGGAAGAAUUGACCUCAGAGUGUUCCUCUAUUCAGGGACUAACAGGUGGUGCCAUUUACCUGAAGGCCAAGUGCCAGGGGUGACCCUCAACCUCACAUCUGUGUCAUUAGCCAUAUGUGUGAUCUAGAGCAAGUCACCUCCCUUCCUUGCACCUCAUUUUUCUGCUAUAUCAUGAGGACUAUGGAUUAUUUAACCUCUGAGUUCUCUUCCAGCAUCAAUCCCUAUGAUCCUCUGAUCUACGUGCCUUUGCAGAGCAGGGGGACCAGAGAUGCCUUCUCAUAUCCCAGCACCUUAUGGCAAAAUGAGCUUGUAUGUAUAUGUUCUCUCUUCGUAUUUCUCAAAUCAUUGUGCCAUACCAAAACUUUUGUACAAAUUUAUAGAAAUAAACUUUGGUUGGGACUAGUGCC